GCCGGAGAUCCAGCACCCUGAAGCGCGUUGAGGGGAACUCUGUUCAGAGGUUCUUUUUCUCCGAGGCACUUUCCGGCUUUCUCGGAAAAGCCGACAGAAACGCCCGCCGUCCAACUUCGGGUGUAGCUCCACUCGUGGUUCCGGUCUUCGGUUCGCGAGGUCGGAAAAGUCUCGUCGCUCGCGGCUGCGCUUCAAAUGCGGGCCGCACUCCAGGGCCGUUUUCUGUCUUUUAUGCCACGUAAAACUUUCAUUCCUUUUCCCUGUUCCUCCCCUUCUAGGACGAUCCCUCAUUCAACUUUUCCUCAGUUUCUACGCCUCUCCUCUCGGCUUCCAAACGCGCUGUGGCUCGUCUCUGCGCCUCUCGGAGCCCCGAAGCCUCAAGGCGACAUGCAGAACGCCUGGAACGAACGCGAAAAAAAGGAACAAAUGACGCAGCGGAGCGAGGGGAGAAAAAAGAGUCUUCAGAUUCCUGAACUGUCCACGUCACCAGAGAUCUACAACUGCCUUCUUCCUCUCGCCCUCCUCUCCACCCUCCACCAUGACACCCCCUUCUUCUUCUUCUUCUCCUCCUCCUCGCUCUUCUUCUUCUCCUCACUCUUCUAGUGUGGAUUUCUCUGUGCCUCCGCCUCCAACUGUGUCCAGAGAGCGAGCAGAGGCGCUGCAGGCGUCUCUCCGCUUUUCCCUGCUGCAUGCAGACGGCCGCGCGCGGUGCAGCAUCGUCCACCUGCCGCACGGCGACGUACGUACACCGAUUUUCAUGCCUGUGGGGACGUACGGAACGCUGAAGGGAUUGAAUGCGCGUCUCCUCCAGCUCAUCCACGAGGAGACUCUGCGGGAGGAGCGGCGCAGCGGCUGUCGCGGGAGAUUCGCAGGUAGUUCGCCUCCUGGGGACGCGCCGUCCGUGGCUGUGACGGACGCCGAGAAAGUCGGCAAGGAACCUGCAGAACUCCCCAUUACUAGGGACGCAAGUCUGAACGUCUCAGAACCGUCCAAAGUGCGAAGGGAGGACGCUUGUUGUCUCUCGUCUGCCUUCCCGUCGGCGCCUGUCUCUCCAGAAAAUCGCUCCUCCUACCUCACCCACGAAUGCCUCCGGACACCGCGAUCUCGGAACUCGUUUCCUCUCAUCUUCUCUCCCGCUCACCCUCCUCCGUCCUCUAUUCCUUCUUCUUCUCCUCCUUCUCCGUCUUCUCUCUCUCCUUCUGCCGCUGCAGACGCAGUUUCUGUUGAGGAGCAGAACGCGUCUGCGAGUUCGACUGCAGAGGAGGCCGCUGCGUCUGAGGCGUCGCGGUUUGAGGCUUCGCCGGCAAAGGCCUUGAACUGCGCGGCGGUCCUGCCGCCGGCCUCGUUCUCGCCGAUCAUUCUGGGCAAUACAUUUCACCUGUACAGACACAUUGGCGUCGAGCGAAUGGAGGCCGCCGGUGGGCUGCACCGCUUCAUGGGAUGGGGGCGAAACCUCCUGACCGACAGCGGAGGAUUUCAGAUGGUCUCCCUCUUGAAAAUCAUCGCGGUUCGGGAGGAAGGCGUCGCCUUCGCUGCCUCCUCCCUCGGCCUCCGCCGAAAGGCUCGGAAACAGAGGAGGCUGGACGCCGCCGACCGAAGAGCAGAGAGCGAACAAGAUGCGCCGGCGCUGGUGGCAGGAGAAGAAGAGAAGGAAGAGAGGGGAGAAGAAGAGAAAGAAGAGAGGGGAGAAGAAGAGAAGGAAGAGAGGGGAGAAGCGGAGGGAGAGGACGAAGGCGGAACGCUGCUUCUGACUCCGGAGAAGUCAAUUCACAUGCAGAACGCCAUGGGAAGCGACAUCAUCAUGCAGCUCGACGACGUCGUAUCUUCCACCACUCCGGACCCUAUACGCGUGGAGGACGCCAUGCUUCGUUCUCUUCGGUGGCUCGAUCGCUGCAUCGCUGCGCACAAACGCCCGCGCGACCAGGCGCUCUUCGGCAUCGUCCAGGGAGGCCUCGACCCGCGGAUGAGACAAGUCUGUCUCAGAGAAAUCAAGAAGCGCCCCCUUCCUGGAUUCGCGAUUGGCGGCGUCAGCGGCGGCGAAGCGAAAGAAGACUUUUGGAAGACAGUGGAACUGAGCACGAGACCAGGUGUGGGCCUUCCCGAGAACAAGCCGCGGUAUCUGAUGGGCGUCGGCUAUCCCCUCGACAUCGUCGUUUGCGUCGCGCUUGGCUGCGACAUGUUCGACUGUGUGUACCCCUGUCGGACGGCGCGCUUCGGCACCGCCCUCGUUCGAGAGCAGGGUGGCGUCCUCAGGAUCAAGCAGACAAAGUACAAGCUGGACCUCAGGCCUCUGGACGCCACCUGCGGCUGCUACACCUGCCGCAACUACACGCGCGCCUUCCUCCACGCGUCUUUUGGGAAAAUGCCCUCAGUGUCUCAACUGCUCACCAUCCACAACCUCUUUUUCAUGCAGUCCCUCUGCCUCGACAUGCAGAGAGCGAUUGCUGCAGGGACGUUCCCUGCCUUCGUUCGUUCCUUCCUUCUUCAACUCUUUCCUCCCGCCGACAGAGACCGCGCAGAGAAGAGGGGAAGAAAGGCAGAAGCAACCGGAGAGAAGAGUGAUGGGGGGUGCGAACAGCCGAGCCUCGAAGAGCACAAGAGCAAAGGGCAGCGGGGGUUGAAGGCGGAGGCGAAACCGCGCGAGUGUGGAACUGCCUCGCCUUUCCACGGCGCCAACGGGGAAUGCAGAAAUCUGUCGACUCCGCCCUCCUGGGUCCGAGACGCGCUGCGAGCUGCAGGAAUUGGAAUCGACGAUCUGUACCCCGCUCCUGAAAAGGACUAGCGGCGAAAUAGAACGCGGCCUCGCCGGUGGCGCAGCGCUUACACGGCGGCAGACCGACUCUCGCCUCUUGUGCAGGUCAAAAGGCGCUCCUGGAGAAGAUCCGAACGGCCGCUGGGAGUUACACCGAUCUCAGAGUCAGGAAACGGGGGACGGGGCAGGAGGAAGGGAGAGCGACGCAGCUGGAAAAGAAGGACGAAGAAACCUGGUAAUAAUGCUUGUCAAGUUCCUUGUAUCUAUUUAGCUCUCACAUGGAAUAGAUUUAAAGUAUCUCCGAACAUAUCUUUACUAUAGAAGACGUGACACUGAGAGGACGCGGACGGCGACUCAUGCAUCCACUGGAGAGAUCGCGGUGGGGAGGAGAGAAAAAAGAGCAGCGGGAAGCAAGAAGGCAGCAAAUGUGGAGGAAAGAGCAACAGAAGCUGAAGAAACACCGCACAGGUUGUGCAGCAAGUGAGGGGCUCGGGUCGAAUGCCUUUUCAACACCGGAUGCAAGGCUGAAAAACACCAUUCGGAUAUUCUCGCCGCUUUCUGCCCAGCUGCGAAGCGAGCAGACGAAAGUAAACGUGCAGGAGAAAGAAGUGCGAGACAGGACAAGACCGUCGAUUGGCUUUCACGAGGGCAAACGGAGCGGCGCCUAUUGCCGGUCCGGUGUAUGUACACCCCCCUUCUCGCGGCUGAGACCGCUCCGGUGUAUGUACACCCCAGAAGUGGCGGCUGGGAAGACGUCUAGGCAUGGUCUUUUAUCGCAUUUGCCUCUGGUAGGAACUGAACCGGUUUCUUUUUUCGACGUUGUCCGAAAGUGUACAAUACAAGAUUGUUGGUCUUUCGCUUCUUGUACGAGCAGCAUUUGAAUCGACAUUGGUGUCUUUGUGAAACAACGACAAGACUGGUGAUCUGAGCGUCCAGAGAGCUUUCAGCGGGUGGAAACAUCGUCGUAUUUCCGCUCGUUUCUGAGAGACGAGUAAUUUUUCAUGCUCCC